UGCUGAGCCCCGGAGCCCGCGCCGCCAAUCCGGCUCCUCACUGCGCAAGUGCGGCCGGAGCGCGCGGGGCGUCUGGAGGCUGCGGGCUGCGGGCCCUCGGGAGCGCGGGGGUUUGGGCCUGCGAUCACCGGCUGCAGCCGCGCACUGCCCGAGGCAGCGAGGCCCCCGAGCGGAUCCCCCGCGCCCGGGCUGUGCGGCCAUGGAGAACCAGGUGCUGACGCCGCACGUCUACUGGGCUCAGCGGCACCGCGAGCUGUACUUGCGCGUGGAGCUGAGUGACGUGCAGAAUCCUGCCAUCAGCAUCGCUGACAAUGUACUGCAUUUCAAAGCUCAAGGACAUGGUGCCAAAGGAGAUAAUGUCUAUGAGUUUCACCUGGAGUUCUUGGACCUUGUGAAGCCAGAGCCGGUUUACAAACUGACCCAGAGGCAGGUAAACAUUACGGUGCAGAAGAAGGUGAGCCAGUGGUGGGAGAGACUCACCAAGCAGGAGAAGCGCCCACUGUUUUUGGCCCCUGACUUUGAUCGCUGGCUGGACGAGUCUGAUGCGGAAAUGGAGCUCCGAGCCAAGGAAGAAGAACGCCUAAAUAAACUCAGAAUGGAAAGCCAAGGCUCCCCUGAAACUCUUAUAAACUUGAAGAAAGGAUACCUGUUCAUGUAUAAUCUUGUGCAAUUCUUGGGAUUCUCGUGGAUGUUUGUCAACAUGACUGUGCGGUUCUUUAUCCUGGGAAAAGAGUCCUUCUAUGACACAUUUCACACCAUAGCUGACAUGAUGUAUUUCUGCCAGAUGUUGGCAGUUGUGGAGUCUAUCAAUGCAGCAAUUGGAGUUACUAAGUCACCAGUGAUACCUUCUGUUAUCCAGCUUUUUGGAAGAAAUUUCAUUUUGUUUAUCAUCUUUGGCACUAUGGAAGAAAUGCAAAACAAAGCCGUGGUUUUCUUUGUGUUUUAUAUGUGGAGCACAAUUGAAAUUUUCAGGUACCCCUACUACAUGCUUUGCUGCAUUGACAUGGAUUGGAAAGUGCUCACAUGGCUUCGUUACACUGUGUGGAUUCCUUUAUAUCCUCUGGGAUGUUUGGCAGAAGCUGUCUCAGUGAUCCAGUCCAUCCCCGUGUUCAAUGAAACAGGGAGAUUCAGUUUCACAUUGCCAUAUCCCAUGGAAAUCAAAGUUAGAUUUUCCUUUUUUCUUCAGGUUUAUCUUAUAAUGCUAUUUUUAGGUAAGUAUUGGUUCUGUAAUAGACGGCUCCCGGCAAGUGUAGAGCUAAAUGAUUCAAACUUUUAAAAGUCUUUAGGAAUCUUAUUUCCAAAAGAGUAGUAUAGAGUUAGAGAACGAUUGCUUUGCAGAACAGACCACUAGGAGAAUAUGCUCUGUAUGGGAAGUAUUUCUUCUCUGAUCCCCAGUGAUUAUCUUUCUUGGUCACUGGGAACUCACCAUAAUAUAUUUUAUGUUUAAAACAAUGGAAGAAGCUCUUUUAAAAUAGGAUAAGAAGCUCAUUUUACUUUUACUAAUUUCAGUAGCACAUUCCUUAUCCAGAGUUUACAGGAGUGGUAAUACAACUGGUAGCAAGAAGGAAGAACAGCCAAGAGAUGUCAUAAAGCUUUCUGCCUAACAAUAGGAGGCUUCCGUGCUCCUCAUGUAAAACCUGCUUGCUUAUUUAUUAAUUUACUUUUAUAUAAAAUAUAAAUUUUUGCCUUAAUUCAUAAAAACUAAAAGAAGGGAAAAUAUGUAAACCUAAAUUAUUGCAAAUAUGAUUUAUAAGCCUUUCUAACUAUAAAGACUAUUUACUUUAGAUAAAGUUCUAAUACAUUUUAACAUAAUUUAUGUAUUUAUCCCUGCUUUACAAAAGUCUUGAGGUGGCCCUAAAUAAGUACGGCUCUCUGGUGUCCUAGUAACAGAGGAUGUGACAGCAAGAUGGUAUAUUAGGUAUCUAUUGUUGUCUAACAAAUUACCCCAGAAUUUAGCAGUCUGAGAUGACAAACAUUUAUUCUCUCACAUGGUUUCUGAGGGUCAGGAAGCAGCCCAGUUGGGUGGCCCAGCUCAGAGUCCCUCAUGAGGUUUCAGUCAAGUGGUCAGCUCAGCUGGUGCUAGUUUCUGCAGGCUUGAUUGGGGCUGGAGGAUCUGUUCCAAGCUCACUGACGUAGUUGUGGAGAGAAAGCUUGUUUCUAGCUGCAGUACUUCUCCCUGUGGCUGCUCAUGACAUGGCUUCCCCCACAGCAAGUGAUCUGAGAGACAGAAGCCACACUGCCUUUUAAAACAUUUACUUAUUUAAUUUUUGAUUGUAAUAUGCUUGACAUAUUGUAUAAAUUUAAAGUGUACAACCUAUUGAUUUGAUACAUCUAUACAUUGUAAUAUGAUUGCCAUUGCAGUGAUAAUAGCACCUCUAUCUCCACACUUUGAUAACCUAACCGCAGAAGUGACAUACCGUCACUAUUUCCAUAUUCUGUUGGUUACAUUAGACCUACCUAGUAAAGUGUGGGAGGGGACUACACAAGGGUAUGAAAUACCAAGAGGUGUAGGGAUCACUGGGCCCAUCUUGGAGGGUGGCUACCACAGACACUGAGAGGAAGACCACAAAAAGUAAACCCAAGAAGCCAGAAAGUGCAGCGGUCUUGGCCAUUUAGUAUCAGGGAGAAGAGACGUACACUUCGGGAUAGCGUACAUGGCAGAAGCACAGUUAAUAGUACAACUUAUGGGUGUAGGUCAUUUGCUAAAAUUAAAUUUUAUUCCAUUUCUUAUUUUCUAUUUCAGAAAAGGUGUAAUACAUUUCAGAAAGAUUUCUAACCAAAAGUGUUAAAAUAGUUGGGCAGUUGAAGGGAGUAAGCUUCAGUUUGGAAAAUGCACUCAUUAAGAGCCCUUCCCCUCUGUUACUGGAUAAACCUAUUACUGUACUUACGCUCCACCAGGUGGGCAUACUGAAAGGGUUAAAGAGGAAUAAAUAUUGGAAAGACCUCAAAAUAUUUUACUAAAGAAGUUAGAAAGGUAGAAGUAUUUUAUUGUGCACUAACCUUAGUGGCUUUUUUCAUGUUGCUUAUGUUAAUUUUUAAGGUUUUAUACUCAUAUCUAGUUUGCCUACAAUGAAUAUGCAGUUGUUCUUAUUCUUCAGAAUGAAGUAAAUCCUAAAUCUGCAUAAUUUAGAAGCAGUAAUAACAACCAGUUACGUUUGUAUACAGAUCAAAGUGCUUUUCUAAACCUGUGUUCUCUCACAAUCAGUCUGUAAAAUAAGUGUUUUUAACUCUGCUGCACAAUGAGGAAACUGAAGUGAGGCUAAGCCACAGUGAUGAAGUAGAACUGAAAUUUGUUCUUUCUGACUGAAAUCCUGUGUUGUAUUUUAAAAAUAUAUUUUUUUAUUGAUUUCAGAGAGGCAGGGAAAGGGAGAGAGAAAUAGAAACAGCAAAAAUGAGAAUCAUUGAUUGGCUGCCUCCUACACGCUCCAUACUGGUGAUCGAGCCCACAACCUGGGCGUGUGCCCUGACUGGGAAUUGAACGGUGACCUGGUUCAUAGGUUGAUGCUCAACCACUCAGCCAUGCUGGCUGAGCUGAAAUCCUGUAUUUUCUAAAUGAGAAGAUUGUGCUUCCUAGAAAAGUAUCCCCCACCUUUUAUUUUAGUUUUAAUUUCUUUAUUGAUUAAGGUAUUACAUAUGUGUCCUUACCCCCUAGUACUCCCCCCCACACCUUUUAAACUGUUGCUUAAUACAGUUUAUUGCAUAGCCUUGAAUUAAAAAUUGGGUUGUUUCUAUACUUCAGAUUUGUGUAUUUUAUGUAAGUCUUACUUGAAAAGAAAUUGGGAGAAAAAUAUUGUGAACUCUAAGGAAAUGUUUAGGGAUAUUGAUGUCUGUAACUUUUACUGAAAAACAUAAAAAAUUAGAUGGGAAUGGAUAUGCGAUUAAAAAAUGUAAUAGAGUUAAAGUUUAAUCUAGAUGGUAUUUACUGUACAACAACUUAAUCUUUUUUGUAUGUUUGAAAAUUUUUAUAAUAAAAUAUGGGAGAAAGUGAAAUUGUAAACCCACUGGGAGAAAUUUGAGUGGUCUCUAGUGCAUUGUUACUAACUUGUUACUGAAUCGUACUUCCUGAGCAGCUGCAGUAAGCACAGAGGGGUAUGAAAAACAGCCAACUAGACUGUCCCUGCCCAAGAGCUUCUGGUUAUAAACAGGACAAAGAUUCUCAUGUCUAAUUGGCCUCUUUUCUU